AUGGCUAGCAGAUUACACCAGCGAGCCAGUUGGCUGGGACGACGUUGGGCUAGCCAAUUGGCAGCGAAGCCGCCGCCGCUCACUCCCCGCGUCUUCCCGACCUCGGGCUUUCUCGAGAUUGACGCGUCCACGAAGAUGGAAGAAGAACGGAUGAAGUCGUAUAAGGCCGAACACUUCUACCCAGUCCGUCUCGGAGAGGUGUUCCAGUCCCAGUAUCAGGUCGUCGCCAAACUCGGGUUUGGCCAGACCUCCACCACUUGGCUUGGCCAUGAUCUCCAGUAUGUUGUUCCCUGCGCUCUUGAGCGAGGCUUUGUCUUUACCAAUGCCGUCCAGAAGAACCGUGAACCUGCUGUCUACGAGCACAUGAAGAAGCACGCGCCUGAACUGGCUCCACUUCAUAUCCGCCCCCUCGAGGAUUCCUUCAAGGUCCAGGGACCGCAUGGCAGCCAUGAAAUUCUCGUACAGGUGCCUGUUGCGAAAUCCCUGGUUGCAAGCCAAAGCACUGCAGACGCCUUCGUUCUCUCGCCCUCCAUUGUGAAAUCAUCUCUGAAGCAGGUCGUCAGCGCUUUAGACUUCCUUCACUCGGACGCUCAUGUCAUCCACACUGGCAAGUUAUCCCCUCCACUCUCACGUCUGGCCCCCUGGCAACCCGAGCCAAGCCACAAUAUGAGAUUCGCUAGCUUCAAAGAUCUGAAUGAAUGCCUCCCGUCACUGGAAAGCGCAGAGCUCACGUGCCCCAGACCUCGCAAGGUGUUGGAGGAUAGGACGAUAUACGGAUCUCGAGGUGUGUUCGCCACCGUAGGUCCCAUGUACCUCUGCAACUUCGGCCAGGCUCGGAUCGGGGACCAGGCAACAGGCAACGCUAUGGCCACCUCGUACAGGGCUCCGGAGAUCAUCCUGGGCAUGAAAUGGAGUUAUCCCGUGGACAUGUGGAGCGUAGGGCUGUCGGCCUGGGACAUGCUUCACGCGCAAACGCUCUUCGCUGUCUACCAUAGCGUCGAUCAGAAGUUGAACGACGCACGCCACUUGGCCUACAUGAUUGCCUUGUUCGGCCCGCCGCCACUGGACUAUCUGAAGCGGAGCGACAAGUACCUGGACUUUUGGGACGAACAUGGUGACUGGAGAGGGAUCGUUCCCAUACCCCAUCGCAGCACAUUUGAGAACCUAGAACGCCAGAUGGAGGGCGAGGAACAGACGAGAUUCCUGGAUUUCAUGCGGUCUUUGCUGGGCUGGGAGCCGGAGAAGCGGCUCACGGCUAAGCAGGCCUUGUCACACCCGUGGCUGCUGAACGAUACAUACAUGUAG